UAGAUAAAAGCGCAUUUUAUUUCCCUAGAUUGCAUUUAUUUAACUCGUAUAACAUGAGAAACUCCUCUAGUAGAGUCAACUAGGGUUGAUAAGAAUAAUCGAUAAAGCAAAAUAAAAACACCUUCUCCAAGAUUUUGAAACUGCAAGCGAACGCAUGGUGGCGCUGUUGACUAAGAAGGCGAAUUAAACCACAGGCAUUGUGCAUCCUCGGUGACGCACGGAUCCAGUGUGGUAAACCAGGGGUUGAGAGCACAGGCAGACUUUGAGCCGGCAAGUCUGAGCCUCUGGAAAGGCUUAUUCACUAGGCCGUCUGCAAAGGUUGUGGGGCAAAAGACUAUUUCCCAGCGCUGUCUGAGGUUCAGCUUGGCGACAUUUCCUGGAAGAGCGUGACGGAAAGUGCAAUGGAGGCGGGAGGAGAGCGAUUUCUUAGACAAAGGCAAGUCCUGCUUCUCUUUGUUUUUCUGGGAGGGUCUCUGGCUGGGUGCGAGUCAAGACGCUAUUCUGUGGCUGAGGAAAAAGAGAGGGGCUUUUUAAUAGCCAACCUAGCAAAGGAUCUAGGGCUAAGGGUAGAGGAACUGGCCGCGAGGGGGGCCCAAGUUGUGUCCAAAGGGAACAAACAGCAUUUUCAGCUCAGUCAUCAGACAGGUGAUUUGCUCCUGAAUGAGAAAUUGGACCGGGAGGAGCUAUGCGGCCCCACAGAACCAUGCAUACUGCAUUUUCAGAUAUUACUGCAAAAUCCUUUGCAGUUUGUUACAAACGACCUCCAUAUCAUAGAUGUAAAUGACCAUUCUCCGGUAUUCUUUGAAAAUGAAAUGCAUCUGAAAAUCCUAGAAAGCACUCUUCCAGGAACAGUAAUUCCUUUGGGAAAUGCUGAGGACCUGGAUGUGGGAAGAAACAGCCUCCAAAACUACACUAUCACUCCGAAUUCCCACUUCCACGUACUCACUCGCAGUCGUAGGGACGGAAGGAAGUACCCGGAACUAGUACUGGAUAAAGCGCUCGAUCGGGAGGAGCAGCCAGAACUCAGCUUAACGCUCACCGCGCUGGACGGCGGCGCUCCCCCUCGGUCUGGGACAGCCCAGAUAAACAUCCAGGUCUUAGAUAUAAACGAUAAUGCACCAGAAUUUGCACAGCCGCUCUAUGAGGCUGCAGUUCUAGAGAAUACCCCCGUUAACUCUGUCAUUGUCACUGUCUCGGCUUCUGACUUAGAUACAGGAAGUUUUGGGACAAUAUCAUAUGCAUUUUUUCAUGCUUCUGAAGAAAUUCGCAAAACUUUUCAGCUAAAUCCAAUUACUGGUGAUAUGCAACUAGUCAAAUAUUUGAAUUUUGAAGCAAUUAAUAGUUAUGAAGUCGACAUCGAGGCCAAGGAUGGCGGAGGCCUAUCCGGAAAGUCUACAGUCAUAGUCCAGGUGGUUGAUGUCAACGACAACCCACCGGAACUGACCUUGUCUUCCGUAAACAGCCCUAUCCCUGAGAACUCGGGAGAGACUGUACUGGCUGUUUUCAGUGUUUCUGAUCUAGACUCUGGAGACAACGGAAGAGUGAUGUGUUCCAUUGAGAACAAUCUCCCCUUCGUCCUGAAACCAUCUGUAGAGAAUUUUUACACCUUAGUGUCAGAAGGCGCGCUGGACAGAGAGACCAGAUCCGAGUACAACAUCACCAUCACCGUCACUGACUUGGGGACACCCAGGCUGAAAACCGAGUACAACAUAACCGUGCUUGUCUCCGACGUCAAUGACAACGCCCCCGCCUUCACCCAAACCUCCUACACCCUGUUCGUCCGCGAGAACAACAGCCCCGCCCUGCACAUCGGCAGCGUCAGGGCCACAGACAGAGACUCAGGCACCAACGCCCAGGUCACCUACUCGCUGUUGCCGCCCCAGGACCCGCACCUGCCCCUCGCCUCCCUGGUCUCCAUCAACGCCGACAAUGGCCACCUGUUCGCCCUCAGGUCGCUGGACUACGAGGCCCUGCAGGCUUUCGAGUUCCGAGUGGGCGCCACAGACCGCGGUUCCCCGGCGCUGAGCAGCGAGGCGCUGGUGCGCGUGCGGGUGCUGGACGCCAACGACAACUCGCCCUUCGUGCUGUACCCGCUGCAAAACGGCUCCGCGCCCUGCACCGAGCUGGUGCCCCGGGCGGCCGAGCCGGGCUACCUAGUGACCAAGGUGGUGGCGGUGGACGGCGACUCGGGCCAGAACGCCUGGCUGUCGUACCAGCUGCUCAAGGCCACGGAGCCCGGGUUGUUCGGCGUGUGGGCGCACAAUGGCGAGGUGCGCACCGCCAGGCUGCUGAGCGAGCGCGACGUGGCCAAGCACAGGCUGGUGGUGCUGGUCAAGGACAACGGCGAGCCUCCGCGCUCGGCCACCGCCACGCUGCACGUGCUCCUGGUGGACGGCUUCUCCCAGCCCUACCUGCCGCUCCCUGAGGCGGCCCCGGCCCAGGCCCAGGCCGACUCGCUCACCGUCUACCUGGUGGUGGCGUUGGCCUCGGUGUCGUCGCUCUUCCUCCUCUCGGUGCUCCUGUUCGUGGCGGUGCGGCUGUGCAGGAGGAGCAGGGCGGCCUCGGUGGGUCGCUGCUCGGUGCCCGAGGGCCCCUUUCCAGGGCAUUUGGUGGACGUGAGCGGCUCCGGGACCCUGUCCCAGAGCUACCAGUAUGAGGUGUGUCUGACUGGAGGCUCCGAGACAAAUGAGUUCAAGUUCCUGAAGCCAAUUAUCCCCAACUUCGUUGCUCAGGGUGCAGAGAGAGUUAGCGAGGCAAAUCCCAGUUUCAGGAAGAGCUUUGAAUUCAGUUAAGUGUUAAUAAGGAUCUGCUGAGCCUCGUUUUAGUUAAUCUGUGGAAAGUCCUUUUUUACUGCUUUGCUCAUUGGGGAGGUCUCUUUUGGUCUGGUUCAAGGCAAGUAGGAAGAAUAGAGCAAAAUUUCAAAUCCAGGGAUGGCUUAGGUUUCAUUAACAGAACUGUAAAGUAGUUGUUUGGCUCUGAAUGUUUUGUAUUUCAAUCAAGAAUCCUUAGUCGAUAGAACAUUUUGUUUACAUAUUGAUUCUACUUUUUCUGUAGUUAAUCCUUGCAUAUUCUCCUUUCAUCCUGGCUUGCCAACGCAGUCUUAAUUCCGCCUUUUUUUUUCUAAUAGGGAGCAAAAAGAAAUUCAGUAUCUUUUAAUAGUGAUUUCAAAUAGCUUAUUAAAAUAACUCCUUUCAAAUUUUACAUUAUAAGGCAAUGUAGAGAGAGUUCCAAACCACCAAUUUUAUAAUUUCCCUUGUUGAAUAUAUUCAUAUAAUGUGUUUUAUAAUAUGCCCAAAGCAGCUUUGUCUAUGGUUAACAAAGUUUCAAGGAUAGAAAGGAAUGUGUUUUCUUUAAUAAAUAGUAAUAUAUCAUCUUUUUAGGGAUAUAGUACUCAAAUGAAAGUAAUUUAGUUCAUUUUCUGUGUUGACAUUUGCAAUUAAUAUUUCAAUAUUUUAUGUGCUUAUAUUGGCCAAAAUAUGGACACAAAUAUAGACUAAUAUGGGUAAUUACCCUUUGGUUUAUCUAAAGUGUGUUCAUGAUGACUGAGGAAAAAAAUUAAACCUAUGCCAUU